UAUUACACUUUCAGACCGGUCUUUGAACUGGGUAGGCGCGCGGGGCUGAUAACAAAAUUAAAAAUGACGUGCAAUCCAAAACCAACAAUGCGAGAACAGCAGACAACGUCUGGUCCCCCAUUCACAAACAACAGAGGCACCUGAUUGACCCGAACAUGAUGUUGUGACACGAGACUCGAAAACAAAAAUGGAUCAAAAGAAGCUUGCCCUAGAGGCCCUUUCUAAAGAGGAGAUCAUCCAAAAGUACCGAAACUUGCUGGUUAUUGCACAAAAAGCCAAAGCGGCCAAGGAUGAUGCACAGGAACAAGUAAAAAAACUCCAGCAGGAUGUUGAAGAAAGCAAAAGCGAAAAGGAAAAGGUUCAAGCCGAAAAAGAGAAGCUGGACGCGGCUAACUCAGAUCAAGAGGUGCAAAUGGAAAGUCUGAGAAGACAGUUGUGCCGGGCCGAAGCCGACUGCUCCAUCCUCGAGUCUCAGUUGGAAAGUUUGGAUGCUGAAAACAAGAGGCUGCAUCUAGCGGCAAAUAAUGCAGAAAUGCAGCUGCGCCUUGGGACCGAAAUUAGACAAGAUGCGCUGGAAGGACUGGACGAGGAGCUUGCGAAUGUGAAAAACACUGCAGCCGAAGCAUUGGCCGAGAGAGAUUCACUGAGGGCCAGACUGCAGGGUCAGAAAGCUACGAGUGGGGGUUCAGAGACUCAGACUUUUGACUCAUGUCAAGCCAGAGUUCAGUUUCUCCGGGAUACACAAAUUGAGCUCCGCACUGAUAUUUUGAGCUUGCAAUCGACUGCCAAAUCCAUGGCCCUUGAGCUUGGUGAGGCUUUUUCGAAGGCUCAGGAGGCCGCUGAAGAGGCUGCUCGGCUCAAGAGCAUGGACCUCCUGGCUGAGAUGAACGAAGCCAUGAAGACGAGAGGAGAAGUUGCUGCCCAGUUGGCAGAAAAGCUGAGUGCAGUUGAAAGGGAAAGGGAUGCGUGCAGAGAGGAGAACAAAGCUCUGGCGGAAGAGAAAAGAGUAUUCGCAGAAGAGAAGAAACGUCUGCUCGAAGAUAUUGAAAAAUCACAAACGCUUUGUUCAGAACUGAAAUUAGGCCUGGAGGAAAGUAAGAAUGAAGUUGAGAGACUUGUUGUUAGCAAAGAGGCCGCUGAUAGUGAAAUGAAAAAGUUGCAAGCAGAGUUAGAUGUGUCUCGGCAAGUUGCUGUUGAACUGGAAGAGAAACUGAAUUUGAAGUCGGGAGAAAUAAAUGACGUCAAUGACGAAUUUGCAAAACUCCAGUCCAACUUUGAAGACUUUAAGGCAAACAACUAUGAGAAUAGCAAGGAAAUAGAAAAAUUAGAAGACAAGUGUCGUCAGUUGAUUGAAAUCAAUCGAGAAAAGGACUCUUUGUUAGACGGAAUCCAGCUGAAAAUUGCAGAUUCUGAAACGGAAAAUACUUCAUCCACCUUUGAAAAUUUCGGCGCAGAACUGGAGCAGAAGAAAGAAGAAGUUGAUCUAUUGACGGCCAAACUCAAGCUCCAAGAAAUGAAAAUUCAAGAACUGGGUAGCAACAAUAAUAUUUUAUCUGCAAAGAUCCAAGAUUUAGAGAAGGAAAAAGCUGAAUUUGAGGAUGAGCUUUCUAAAUUAAAACUCAUUAUUCAGGACGGCAACAGCAAAUUGGAGUUGGAAAUAGGAAAAUUAAAAUUUCUGGAAGAACAGAAAUCCCAGCUAGAAAUCCAGAUUGAGGAGGAAAGAGGCAAGAGUGAUGAUUUGCAAAUUAAAAACAAUGAGCUACACUCAAAUUUGGCAAAGUUGAAAGAAGAGGCGAUCAAAUUCAACGAUUUAGCUGCUCAAAAUAAAGAAUUCCAAGAUCAAGUUGCAAACUUAAAAGAAAAAAUAUCUGAGCUGGAGAAGGAGGAGUGUGAAACGGGAAGUAUCAGCACGGUGAGCAAAAUAGACGACGCGGCGAGGCUGAAGGACGUCGAGGACAGUUUCGAAGAGAGGUACACAAAGCUGAAGGCCGUUGCUGUCAAAAUGAAGCAGAAGUGCCAAGAGCAGGCCUCUUUGCUCACCAAACUGGCGGCCGAGAAAACGGAAAUGCAGUCAAAGAUGUCCAACGCAAGCAAGGAAAGGGACAACCUGGCGCGGAACCUCCAGAGCAUGCAAGCAGCUUGUGAUCGAAGCGCCGACGAGGCCGAAUCUGCCAGGGAAAAACUGAAAGCGACCGAAAAGCAACUGACCAGGGCAGGAGAGGAAUUGGCAAAGUCUAGAAGUCAGUUCGUCGAGGCCACGGACAAAGUUGUUGCAACAGAGACAAAACUGAAGCAAACCAAGGAUGAGCUGGACGCCGCCAAAAACGAGUUGAAGAGGCACAGCGUCUUGAAUCUGGAGGUGGCCGCUUACGAAAAAAGUUCUGCCGAGCAGGACAGGAAGAUGAAGGAUUUGACCAAGGAGCUGGAAACUUUGAAGGCGCAGCUCGAGUGCCAGAAAAAGUUGGCCCACGAAGGGAAAACGAGUGUUUCGGACUGGGAGGAAAAGUAUUCCAGCCUGAAAACGGCCAAAGAAAAAUUGGAGGAAGAAUUGGCUGAGCGGAAAAGUCACUCGCAGGAGUUGGAAUCAAGGCUUGCUGAGAAGGUGCAAAAACUGGCCGAGUCCGAGGCCAACUUUGAGGCGCAAAGGUCGCGGCUGGAGCGGGUCGAGCUGCAGUUGGCGCACGUGUCGGCCGAGAAAAUCAGACUCGAGGAAGAUACGAACAGGCUGAAGGAGCAGGUUUCCCGACAGAUCAGGAUGUUGGAGGAGGAAGUGACCGCGGCCAGGAUUACGGUCAAGGAGCGCGACGAAGAAAUGGCCAAAAUCCAGACCGAGUUUGAAGGGUACAAGGUCCGGGCGCAGUCGAUGCUGCUCAGGUCUCAACAGCAGCAGCCACCGAAGGAGGAGAACAACCCUGAGAGGGAGUGUGAACUGUCUUUACUCAAGACCACGGUCGAGCGGCUGCAAACUGCCUUAUGUGACGCCUCGAGCAAGGAGAAAGCUCUUCAGGUUGAGGUCGCUGCUAUUAGUGGGCAGUAUGCCGAGAGCCAGUCGUCAACUAGGCGCCUAAUCGACCAAAUAACAGAUUUGACAAACAAGCACGAGGAUUUGAGUUUGAAGCUGAAGAGGGCCGAGGACAAUCUGAAAGAAACCACCCGCCAGCACAAACUGAGCAUCGACACCUUGGCAAGUUCGUACAAGCAACAACUGAUUGAGGCCGAAACUCGGCACAAGGCCCAAAUUGCCAGUUUGUUGGAGGAGAAAAAGGAGCACCAAGAGGAGGCGCCUCCGGUGUCUCUGCUGAAAAGAGAGGAGGGCGAAGGCUCGGAAAACGUUGACUCUUUGAAAGGCAACGCCAGCACCAACAGCCGAGAACCCAUUCCUCUGGACCGUUUACUUUCCAGCUCGAGUGACUACGCCGAGGAUGCCAAAAGUGAGGCGUCCUUCGACGCGGCCAGCUUGAUGUCCUCGACCAUCGCCUCGGAAAAGCGGGCCAAGCACUUGUCGGCUCUGCUCGGAGAGGCGGAGGCCGAUCUGGCCAGGCUGACUCAUCAGAAUGCCAUCCUGAAGGAGGAAAUCCGAAGACAGCAACGGUGUGCCGAGCGGCUCCAGCACACUGAGAAAAACGGGGAGUAUCUGAAAAAUGUUGUGCUCAAAUUUGUGACCCUGCAGGGUGGAGACGAGCGGGCCCGUCUUGUGCCGGUGCUCAACACCAUCCUCAAACUCAGCCAGGAAGAGUUGCAGCAACUGCAGACUGUCGCCGCCCCAUCCACUCCAACCUCGCCAACCCCUGGCCAAGGGGGAUGGAGCAGUUACCUUCACCUGUGGUCAGGCACGCACUGAAAAGAAUUAUGCAAGAGUUGUGCUUCCCUUUCAGUUCAAAAUUCUCUCAUUCCUAAUGCGUUACAAAUUAUGUCAGGUGCUUUUUUUUUUAAAUAUAAAUAUUAUUGCUUUUUAGUUUGUGUGUGCUGUAAGUCAUCAUCUGUGAUACCUCUCUGCUUGACAAUUUAUUGAGAAAUUUUGCACUCGUAAAUAAUUGGAAAAAAAUUGCGCACCUCUUUAACCUAUCGAAGGUUAUUGAUUGAAAUGCAUGCAGCUGACUUAUCAAGAUGUUAUAAAUCAACUCAUUUUUUAUUUUCUGUUUCAAUUACUCAUAAUAAUCAAUCAUAGGAUUUCAAAGUAAAUUUUCAGUGCAGAAUCUCUCAUUGGUCAAGUAUGCUUUCUUGUCACUUAAAUUUUUGAAAAUCAUAUAAUAAUUUUCACACUUGCAAACAUCCCAAUUGAAAACUCCAUCAUUCUUCUUGCUAAGCCAUUGCAUUUUAAAUAUUUUAGAUUUAAGUUGAGGAAAUAAAAAAAUGGUACUUGUGAAUACAA